CUCCUUCCGGACUAAUUAUAGAAGAGAAAAGAAAAAAGUUGAAGAUGCAGAACACUCUGGAAUGGGUGCAGAUGAACGUUAUGAGCCCACACUCUGGUACUACCACCUGUUUCACUUUUUAGGAGAUCAAGAAACACCUAGAAAAUCAGAAGCUAACUUGAACGAGACAGAGAAAGAAGUUGAAGCCCAACCAACUGAAAAUUCUAUAGAAAGUUUAGACCAACCCAUUGAGGAGGAUGAGUCAACAACACAUGAUGAUACUGGCUGUCAAACAACUGAGGCCACACAAUCCACCCCAAAAAAAGCACCAUUUCCCGACCACCUAAACGCAAAAUUGACAAAUGUGAUUCUGUGUUGGACGCAAUUGAAGGCCACUUUAAGAAACCUAAGUUAAAAGAAGAUAGACGUGACAUUUUUGGGAAAAACGUCGCUCUGAAAAUGAGAGACAUGACAAACAAUAUUCAGAGAUUGUUGGCAGAAAAAAUGAUUAACGAUACAUUAUUCAUGGCAGAAAUGGGUCAGUUGACUCCGUCCCAUCGUAUUUGUAGUGAAACUAACAAUACAUAUUCUACAGAUUGUCCUUCACCUCAACAAUUAAAUACCAAUUACUCCCAUUUCCCCUCAACUUUUCCUCAAUCUCAGGUACAUUAUGAAACUCUUUCUCCAGUAACCCCCAAUGAUAAUUCCAAUCAUUCUAUCGCGUCCUAUAUUUCAAAUUUUAGCGAUGCUUAAUGUUAUUUUGUAAUAGUUUAUUAUACACAUGUACCUACUUUUUGUAAAUCUUUUCGUCAAAAAAAUAAUAAAUAACUGAGUUUAAAUAGUC